CAGAGGGGCGGGGGAGGAGGGAGUGGGAUGCUGGGCGAGUUGGUGGCUGGGGCAACGGGGGGGCUCGUCCUCAUUCAGGACACCGCUGAGUGCGAGGGCCACAGCCUGCUCAAGACCUUUGUGGCAGCUUCGGCGCACAGGGGGGAAUCCGUCCACGUUUUCGGCUUCGAAAUCCCCGAGGAAGAGUUCCUGGCCGGCUUUGACCCUGACGUGACCGUGCGGUUGCUAUAUCAGGAUGGCUUCACAGACCCCCUGCACUGGACCGGGGAGGCCGGGGGCUUCGGGGCGGAGGAGUUCACAGCGCUGGGGGUGACGGGACGCCUGGCCCGGGGACCUGCGGGACCUGCCACCGUCGUCCUGGACUCGCUCAGCUGGCUUCUGCUGCGCCAGCCUCUGCCUGCCGUCUGCCAGACGCUGGGACAGAUCCCGAGGGCUGCUGCCAGCGCAGGCCUGCGGGUGACGAGGAUCCUGGCCUUGCUGCACGAAGACCUGCACCCCCCGGGCCUGGUGGAGACCCUCCGCUCCCUGGCCCGAGCCGUGGUGGGGGUGAGGCCGGCCCCAGAGGGCAUGGGGAGUGGGGAGGACGCCCCCCGUCUGGCCUCCAUGCUGCAGCGUAAGGGGACCGGGAAGGUCCUCACAAAGGAGGAAUAUUUCACCGUCCUGGCCGGCUUCACCCCAAAAGCCCUUGGGGAGCCCACAGGGAGUGUGACCCGAGAUGAGGACGCCGACCCCCACUCCACGGAAGUCAUCUCUGUUGGAGGCCUCGACCAGUGGCGGGAAGAUCUACUACGAACCAGACGCCGCGGACGACCUGGACGAAGAGGAUCCGGACGACGACCUGGACGUGUGAAAACUGAGUGGGGGGUGGGUGGGGCUCCCCCUGCCCCCAAAUGGACUCCUGGAUCUGUGCCUCCCGGUGGGACCUUCAGCAGGAUCUGUGACAGAGCCCGACCCCGGCACCACUGUGUGGGGAGCUGCCCAGGAGCAUGGCUGCGUGCCCCCGCCCAGGGCGGUGUCUGUGGCCGGGAAUGGGGUCAGUGGGCUUUUGAUGGGGUUGGUAUCUGUCCAGUGAGAAGGGGGGGCUGAGCCUUGUUCUCCCUCCCCACUGCACCCUGCCAUCCCCCCACCACUGUCCCUACCACCCCCCUGCCAUGGCAUGGGAAUAGACUUCCAUAAAGGAAGGGUGCAUGGGCACCAGCGCCCCCUAGAGGGCACAGGCCCCUGCCCCAUUCCCUGCCCCCCUGAGCCAGCCAGUCCCCGCCCUGGGGCCGGGUGGGAGCCGGCGCCCCCUAGAGGGGACAGGCGCCUGCCCCAUUCCCGCCCCCCUGAGCCAGCCAGUCCCUGCCCUGGGGCU